UGAUAUAAUAUCUCACCUGUUUGCUUUCAGUUCAGCAGAUCUGUAGAGAACUUCAAACUGCUAAAUGCACUCGAACAAAGGCAACGUUGCCCAACCCCAGUAGGGUAUUUCUCUGGAAUUGAUUGACCAUCCUGUGUCCUUUCUGGUAGUUGAACAAGAAGAUGAAAGACAUUGAACGAAUAUUUUUUCUCUCACUGCUCUUAUACAUUAGAGUUGUAACAGGGAAUGGACCUUCUCCAGUGAUCGGCUGUGAAUAUGGGUCUGUCCUGCUGCCAUGCAGUCUGUCAUUUCCAGUUAUAGAAGCAAUUUGGGAUUUUUCAUUUAAUGGACGCAGCGUAAAAGUGGCCGACUUUAGAAACCAAAAGUUUAGUAUCAUCAGGAAGGAGUUCCACAGCCGCAUGGAAUGGUCUCAUAAUGGAAUCACAUUAACGAUCACAAACCUGACAAUGGAGGAUACUGGGAUCUACACUGCACUUAUUUAUGACACUGAAUACACAAAACAUGAAAUAUCUCAUAAUCUCACAGUAUUCAACCUUGUGCCCAAGCCAGAAAUAAAGAGAGAAGAGUGCAAAGGAGACGGCCAAUGUGAUUAUACCCUUCACUGUUCCGUCCCAUCAGACUCACCGGCCCUGUCCUACAGUUGGAAGUACAGAGAUAAGAACUCUGAGUAUCAUCACUAUGCACAUGGGAGCACAAUCCAAAUCUCAUCACCCAAUGAGACAAUGACAUUUCUCUGCUUGGUACAAAAUCCUGCACAAGAGAAUAAUUCCACUGUUGUUAUAGAAAGGAAAGUUAAUGCAGAAAAUGAAAGGCUUCAGGUAGCAAUGAUGAUUGCUCCUGGAUUUGCUGCCCUUGUACUUGCAGCAGUUGUUUUUCUGUGUGUAAGAAUGAGAAGAGAGAAUAAAAAGAAGGAAGAUAUUACAUAUAGUGAUAUUCAGUCCUUUCCACAGGGGAGAACAAAUGAGAAGGAAGAUAUUACAUAUAGUGAUAUCCAGGCCUUUCCACAGAAAAGAACAGAUGAGAAGGAAGAUAUUACAUAUAUUGCUAUUCAGGCGUUUCCACAGGAGAGAACAGAUGAGAACUUGAUGAUACCAGAGCCUUUGUUAUGUCCAGUAAAAACCUAUGUGGAAAUAAAGAGAUAUCUGUAGCUAGGGUAUCGGUUUGUUUAAGAAGAGAUGCCAGAUCCCAGACUGCAUUAUGGUAUAAUAGAAAACUUUUCAAUCCGGGGAAAUAUUCAACCUGAAAUAUAUCGCAUGAUUUUUAAAAGGCGACUAUAAGAAAAGAGGGGGACUUCUUUUGGACUCUACGUUGCACUUUUGCUUGGCUGCUGUAUCUUUGAGGUGACACUCCCCCUUUUUCUGAGCUGAUAAAUAUUAUGAUCUGUUUCCAGGCAGGGAAGAUAAACCCUGAAACAUUGCCUGAAAUAUAUAUACUGUAUACUAAUCUGCACAAUCAAUAUCUGCUGUUCAUGCUCUUCAUGCAGGAGUCAGGAAUAAAAAGUUGACUCCACCUCCCACAUGAAAAGCAACAUAGAACAAUAAAAUGUAAUCUUAAAAAAAUAAAUAAAAAUAAAAGUCAAAAA